AUUUGAAUGUUUAUUCGUUUAAAAGAAAGUGAGACUAAAAAGUGUAAAUGUCAAUGAUUUGAAGUUAUAAUAUAGACUAGACUCUAGACCUCUAUUCUCAUUUAGGCUUUCCGAUAGAACGAAAAAGUAUAUAGUAAUUCUUUCCCCACUCUCUCUCUCUCUCUCUCUCUCUUCCUCUUUGUUCUAUUCAGGAACCGAUUACCAACUCAUCAACCUCAACUGCAUGCUGGUAAAUGUGAUGGAUCUUCUCCGCAAGAAAUGCAGUAUCGACGACGAAGAUGUUUCGUUAGAUUUAGCAGAUGAGGAAGGAAUGUUGAAGUGCCUGCCAGACUACAAUGUCAGGGUAAACACAAAACACUUGCUGAAACCGCGAUCUACCUAUGUCCCGAUCAAGAUGGAACGUGAUGAGAACGAUGUGGCCAAACCUUAUGAACCUUUUGUGAAGCAACUGAAGGAGAAUACUGAGUUUAUGAACACUCUCCUCGUUCAGUACCGUAAGAGGGAACUGCCAUUCCAAGGAAAGAAAGACAGGUCAGCUAGUCGGAAUCGGGCGACAUCGUCGUCGAGCUCUACACCUCGAGUGACGCCCAGCGCCUCGAAGAUGAAAAGCAAAAAGGGCGGCCCCCCGUCGAGAGCGGGAAAGGCUUCAAGAUAAACCAGACGAAUUUCGACAGGAUCGGAAAGGCUUUCCAGAAAUCAACUCGUAGGCAAUUUCAAUACAGCAUAUUGCCUUAUCCCAUAGAUAGCAUGGCCGAAUACGCAUCUCAUUGUGAUGUUCGCACCUUUUAAUCGA